GGGAGUGCGAGGGAGCAGGCGAGACGAACCGCACGUUCGGGCAGGGGAGCGCGAGAGAGACGGAGAGAGAGGAGAGCGAGACAGAGCGAACGAGCAGGCCAGCAAGACGAUCACGAUGCACGGAGGCGAGCACAAGCGGCCAGGGGCACAGGGCUGAGGGCUGAGGGCUCGACGGGGCCUCGAGUAACGUUCACGGGCCGGCUGCGGCGCAGCCAGCGAGCGAUGGAGCAGCCGAAGACUCCGGCGUCCCGGCUACUCAACACAAGCUGCAUCGAGAACAAGGACGAGCUGGAAGAGAAAUUGGAGAGAUGCCAUUCGAUGCUGCAAAAUCUGACGGCGGGACUUUCAGAGAAAGAAGUUCACGAUACGUUAAAUAAUGCUGUGUGUAAGGACAAGACACACGAAGAGGUUUCCUUGGGUUUAUUAGUAGUGAUCUUGACAGAUCCACAGAAUGCCGCAAAGAGUUAUAGGGACUUGACAUUGAUUACUCGAGAUGGCUUGGCUAUUGUGUUGCUUCACCUCAAUCAAUUAGUACUCGAAAAAUAUUUGAGAUUAAAUGACGUCACCAGGAGUCAGUUACUGUGGUUGCUAAGGGAAAUGAUAAGGACUAGUGUAACUAAUGUGGAUAAUCUUUGUUUAAGUUUAUUGAGGCAUGCAGCAGGCGGGGAUAUUUCCUCGAGGAACUUGUUCCUAGUUGACGCCCUCUUAGAUAUUUUUCAAGAAAAUCGAGCGUGGUUGGACAAAUUUCCUUUUUUAGUAGCAUCAAUUGUGUAUACAUAUUUGCGAUUAAUAGAAGACCACAAUGCGCCUCAUCUGGUUGGUUUGCGACAGAAGGAAGUGACUUUCACAGUAUCUCUGAUAAGAGAACGGAUGGCAGAUUGCCUAGCUAUUGGGAGGGAUUUGGUUCGUUUACUGCAAAACGUCGCGAGAAUACCGGAGUUUGAAGCGUUAUGGAAGGAUAUAUUACUAAAUCCGAAGAACCUUUGUUCGAAUUUCAAUGGUGUGUUGCAGUUGCUUCAAACCAGAACCUCCAGAAGAUUCCUGCAGUCUCGUUUGACGCCGGAUAUGGAACGGAAACUCGUGUUUCUGACGAGUAACGUCCGUUUCGGCAAUCACAAGCGUUACCAGGACUGGUUUCAGAGGCAAUAUUUGGCAACACCUGAAUCUCAGUCCUUAAGGUGUGAUCUUAUCCGCUUUAUUGUGGGAGUUAUACAUCCCACAAACGAGCUGUUAUGCUCCGACAUUAUUCCACGAUGGGCAGUAAUAGGCUGGUUAUUCACAACGUGCACUUCCACUGUGGCUGCCAGCAACGCGAAGUUGGCUCUGUUCUACGAUUGGUUGUUUUUUGAACCUGAUAAGGACAACAUUAUGAAUAUUGAGCCGGCAAUUCUCGUUAUGCACAAUUCAAUGAGGUCUCAUCCACCUGUCACUGCCACACUUUUAGAUUUUUUAUGCAGGAUAAUACCUAAUUUUUAUCCAGCACUAACGGACAAAGUGAGAAACGGCAUAUUUUCAUCGUUGCGACAAAUUUUGGAAAAACGCGUUUUGCCUAGUCUAUAUCCGUUGUUUGAUAGUCCAAAAUUAGACCGAGAACUGAGAAGCAAGAUAAGAGAAACCUUCAAAGAGUUUUGCUUACCACCGAAUAUUGAGCCUGGUAAAAUGGAAGAACUUAACAAGGAGCACAAUCCAGGGACUGUAAUAGAGAAUAUCACAAAUUCUACCGUGGAGAAUAACCAUGUGGCACAAGAUCCGGAACCAGCGUUUAGCGACGAAGAAGAGGAAUCUCCUCUUAGAAUAGUGACGAAAGUGGAAGACGAGGAAGAUGAGGAAGAUGUACCGUUGUCCACGGUAAAAUUGAAAAACGAUCAAAAAAACGCGAACUGCGUCGUAAAGAAGGAGGACAUCACGUCGCAUUUGCGUCUCAUAAUGGAACCGGAAGAGCUGAGAACCAGCAUAGAGACAUUGCACACGGAGACCGAUAAUGAGUCAAGAUGUCAAGCGAUGGAAAGGAUAGUACAAAUGGUUGUGGAAGACGAGAUAGAUGCCGAGACGAUACCCGCAUUAGCAUCUUGCAUAUCAAUCAUCUUAUCGCCGCAGAUCACGGCGCAAAUCUUUCCAUCAGAUAAUCUGAACGAGGAAGCGCUUGUCGAUAGCAUAAGCACGCCGUUAUUUGUUAUGUUUCGAAAUCAAUUUCAAUUAUGUAAAGAAGAGGACAAUAGGCGGAAACUUUUGGCCAGAGUAUUGGCGGAAAUGCAGUCGAUUCAACCGAGAAUUGGUUAUCUCCUUCUUUAUUUCUUAAAAGUCUGGGGCAGGGAAGAAGAAAAGAGAGAAGGCGAGCCGAGCAAUGUUUUGAAUGAUGUCAAAGCGUCGGUGUACAAGGACUUUUGUGCGCAGCGAGAAAAAAAGUUAGACGUCUGUUUGGUAUCGGAUUUAAAGCUCUGCCACGAAGAUAACAUAUUUAUGUUAUGCUAUCUCGUGCCUGACGUAUAUACAGGAUUUCAAAACGUUGCCCUCGGAAAUGUUCAAUUGUUGCAUCUGGUCGUGUCUACUGUGGACUCGUGCCAGUUGCAGGAUCUAGUUUGUCAGAUAAUGCAAGGGCAUCUAAAGAUGUUAAAGAAGGAAUCGUUUACCACGCUAUUAACAGCUAGCUUAAACUGGGAAACAUUCGAGCAAUACUGUUUCUGGCAGCUCAUAUUCGCGCACGAUUUUCCCAUCGAUUACAUACUGCCGGUUUUACCGAAACUGCAGUUUCGUAAUCACGCGGAGGCGCUUACUUCAAUCUUGUUUAUGCUUAAACAGGAGAAGCCUACAUUGGAUCUUUUACGACAACUACUUGCGCGGCAGAGCGUCGACGGCGACAUGUUUGUCGUGGCCGCAUUACGAUAUUGGUGUCGCGAUUAUGAAGAAAAACUCGGCGAGUUGCUCGCAAAUCUACUUAGCACCCGUUAUCCCGCGACCAGCCCGAACAAACGGAAACGUUCUGGAGCUAAGCAAAAUCAACAAUCCGGUCCGCCUACCGGCGAACAGGUUCUUGGCCAUUUGGAUCAAUUACGUCAACAUUGCAUGUCCUCCGCGGAACUACAGCUGUACCAUUCCGAAGGGAUGCAAAGGGCAUUACAGCAAGCGCAAGCGGCAAGUAGCGACUCGCUGCGGAAGAGCUACGGUGACCUCUUUGCGCUUGCCGAAGUCAAUGAGGAAAAUGAACCGCCCCCACCGAGUAGUUCUGCGAGAAAACACAUUACUGCUUCCUCUGGAGGAGGGGGAGGCAGUGGUAAGGGCGGUCACAGAAAAACCGGUGCUAAUACGAGAGAAAGAUCCAACAUGAAAAGACCGCCUCCACGGCAUCAUAUUAAUAGUACUUCUAGUAGCGAGGAAGAAGAAAUCGUGAAUCCAAAGCAAGCGAAGAAAAGGAAAAAGAUCAAUCCAGUGGGCUCGGACAGCGACUGACCACCUAGUGUCUUCAUAUGUCACAUGGACCACAUCAUGUGUGUGCAGCAAGCUAAAUUAGCCUUAAGAAUAGUAAGAUAAUAUGAUAUAUGUGUAUGUGUGGUGUGUAUAUAUAUACACAUAUAUAUACACGUGUGUGUAUGUGUGUGUGUGUGUGUACACACACAUAAAUUUACCUAGCGCGACUUUGUGUAAAUAUA